AUGGGAGAACCCAUCUCCGACCGCCGCUUCAAGGACAUCUGCGUACAGGGCUUCUCCGACGAAUACAAGGACGUCAAACUGAUAGUGCUCAGAGACCCAACCUUCAACNAGCACGAAGACGACACUGGCAUCAGCGGCGACGGACAAGCUGCCUUCGAGGAGCUCUGCAACAACUAUGACAGGGUAACGGACGAGGUCAUCAGGGCCAAGAUGGAGGAGCUGGAGAACAACCCCAUGAACCCUGGUGAAAAUCCCGACGACUACUUCAACCAGAAGCACCUACUUCGCACCCAGCUGGAUAAAAUGGGAGAACCCAUCUCCGACCGCCGCUUCAAGGACAUCUGCGUACAGGGCUUCUCCGACGAAUACAAGGACGUCAAACUGAUAGUGCUCAGAGACCCAACCUUCAACGUCCUUGACAUGCAAUCCACCAUGCGCAACAUCUUCUUGGACGAACAAUCGCGCAAGGGAUGGAAGGGACGCAUAGCUGGUCGGGGAUUUUCCAUGGUUACAACCGCGUCUGAAAUCAUCUGCCACAGCUGCUACGAGCCGGGGCACAUCAGGAGGAACUGCCCCAAGAUCAAGAACAGGGCG